GCACACGGACAGAGCUGUUGAAAGAGCAACUGUCCAGCAGCAGCAUCUGGAUUAGCAGUCUUUUAACACUUUUGAGGAUUUUUCUCGAUUCAGUCCUACAGUUUGGUUGUUAUUUUGUCAUGGUGCUCAGAUUUGGUUUGAAUUUUAGCUUGGUGAGAGAUAUUGUUUUUUGGAAAGUAGCCAAUCCUUAGAUUUUCUGAAAAUCUCCAAGAAGACAAAGGAGCAAAGUGACCCGGGGGAUAGCAAUUAUGUAUUUGAACAACAGAAAAGAUACCAUCAGCACAGAGAAGAGCAGAAAGAACAUGAAAGGGAAAGCAUGGGCUCACUCAAAGACCAGUCCUAACAUGGAAGAACGUGUCAUUCUGACAUUACAAAAGGAGAACACAAAGGUGGAUACCAACAGGAAGGCGUCAGAGGAAGAGGAGGCAAUACAGCACACAGCUUUCGGGAAGGCCUUGUACAAUCUGACCCAUUCAGAGAAGGUGAUGAAUGAUCUGAUAUGUGGAAGACGAGUGGGAUUUUACGAGCUGAGGGGGGAGAUUGGCUCUGGCAACUUCUCCCAGGUUAAAUUGGGAAUACAUGACCUAACCAAAGAAAGAGUGGCAGUAAAAGUCCUGGAUAAAGAGCGCCUGGGCAAACAAUCACAAGCCCUUUUUGCCUCUGAAAUCACUUGCAUGGAGAAGCUUGCUCACCCCAAUAUAGUGCGUUUGUAUGAGGUAGUGGAGACGUUCAAGAGGCUCUACCUGGUGAUGGAGUAUGCAAGCGGAGGGGAGCUGUUUUCCCGUAUCACCACCAGGGGGCGCCUGUCGGAUCUGGAGAGCAAGCUGGUGUUUUCACAGGUCCUGUCUGCAGUCAAGCACAUGCAUGAUAAUAACAUUAUCCACAGGGACCUGAAGGCUGAGAAUGUGUUCUAUACCAACACGUACUGCAUUAAAGUAGGCGACUUUGGUUUUAGCACAUCGUCCUGUUCCACAGACAAGCUUCUCACGUUCUGUGGCUCCCCGCCUUACGCAGCCCCAGAGAUCUUCAAAGAUAAAGGUUACAUCGGACAGUAUGCAGAUAUGUGGGCUUUGGGUAUUUUGCUCUACUUCAUGGUGACCGCCACUAUGCCAUUCAAAGCCACAAGUACCAGCAGGCUGAAGUGUUGCAUUCUGCAGGGUGCAUAUGCCAUACCUCCCUAUGUGUCCCAACCCUGCCAGGAGAUCAUUAAGGGCCUCCUCAGGCAGAUUCCUGUGGAGCGCCUCAGCGUGGCACAGAUCAUGACCAUGGGCUGGAUGAGAGGCAUUGAAUACCCUCAGCCGUACCCGCCUUACAGACCUACGCCCUCCCACCUGGCUGACUCCAACCACACCCUCUCAGCAGACGACCUCAAUGUGAAGGCGGGCCUGCAGGAUCUGGGCUUCACAAAGGGUCACCUGGUCAACAACAGCUACGACUUGAGAAGCCCCAUCACCGGGGCGUACCGGAUUUUGCUCCACCGAAUCCAGAAGAGGAGGUCGGUGGACGCCGUGGGUUACAGUCAGAUUCACCCCAGACACUCCCAGAACAGGCUCAGACAGAGAGCUGGCUCAGACGGGCAACUGUUCAAGCGCAACUCCGUGGUCUGCAACAUUAUGUAGGUUAUUCUAUGAGGGGGUUGAUAAAACAUACAUCUGUUUGUAUACUUUAUAAUGUGGGUUAAAGCCAGACUUAUAACUUAAUUUAAAACGAACAAUUCAGUGGACGGAAAUCCUUUUUACAUGUCCUUUCUCACAAGGUCUCUGAAAGGUUCUGUGUACACAGUGCCAAACUCCAUGAAUAAUCUUGGCACGUUUCUGGCUAUAAAAAUAAUAUCCCAUGUCACCUGCCAUGAACCAACAGAGCAUAAAAAAACUUAAGGGCAACCAGUGACCCACCUGGUACAUUUUCAACACAAGUUAACAGGAAUGUAGAAAUGUCAAAACAGCAUUAUUUUAUUUAUGAGUGAACGAAUUUCUCAGAAAAAGUGUUAGAUUCUGUGCGCCAAAAGGAUUCUUUUGUACGGUAUCUUAUGUUUUGGAGUGGAUAAAUCCUUUUUGUUUCAGACUACUAUUACUGUUUAUCUUUUUCUGAAAUCAGAGAUACUAUUUGAUCCAUAACUAUUUUAAAUUAAUUUCCAAAAAUGUCCUUAAAAUCUUUAAUGCCGUGCAGGAUCAGAAACAUCGCAUCAAAAGACUGAAUAUUCUCUUAAAAAUAUUAUAGGGAUUUAUUUAGUGAACUUAAACAGGCGACAGGUUUUUCCAGGAUCCUUUUUACAAUGUCCAUAACAUGAUAUCUGUCUUAGAGCAUCGGAAAUUAAUAGUUCCAAAGGCUACUAAGCAUUCAUCUAAGGUCAGGGAUGAAGAGUCCCCGUAUCAGUAAAAUAAAAAUUAAUCAGGAUGCUCUCAACGUUUCUGAAGGUGUUUAAGUAUAGUGUGAUAAAACCAUAACCUCAACACCAUGGAAGAGCUUCAGGCUGACAAGCCUAUAUAGGAAAAACUAUUGGAAAUUGUUGCGGAUAAGCCAAUACAUUUUUUUGGUUAUGUUUUCUGACCACAAGCAACCUUUGAAGAGUUAUGUAAUAAUGAAGCGCAUAAGGAAAGGAGCACCCUCCCAGCAGUAAAACAGGACAGAUUUUAAUUAUAAUGUAGGGCUACUUUGCUGCACGGACUUGUGACCUGUCCAGGAUGUCCAAUGACAGCUGGGAUUGGCUCCAGCCUAAAACGAAACAAAACAGGCAAAUAUUGACUUAAUCCCUUUUGAAACUGUUGAGAAAUUGUGCAGCUUCUCAUAUUAAAUUGACUCAUGGGAGGUUAGAAAAGUCUGACCUAAUAGAAAAAGUGAAUAUGGCAGAAACUACUGAAAGACAGGUGAUAGAAUUGUACUGGUGCAAUAACAAUGAACACUUAGGAUCUGUCGGUCAAAUUUUAAAGUCAGAUUUCAAAUAGAAAAUUAGUAUGUAUUUAUGUCUGUAACAUAUGUAUUAGCCAGAAAUGGACUGACAGAGAUAAAAUAGAUUUUGUGACUUACCAUAAAAUCUAGCUGCCUUGGCCAUACCUGAGAAAAAAUAGUGGAGGAAUAUCCUCAGAAAUCAGUCCGGUAUGUAGUUAUUUUUCUUUAUGUCUGUAAGAUCUGCAAAUGUUUAUGCUCAUGUAAGUAGAAUGUUGUCAAUGGGAAGAAUUCACCAACCGUUUCCAGGUUGGGAAACUCUGAAAGGUUUUUUAAUCUAAAAAUGCACUUGAAAAACAUUAGAGGAUUCAACACCACAUUUGCCAAAGGUUUUGUGAACAAACCUUUAAAAGCUAAUCAUGUCAGUUUAUUUGCAUUUCAGAUGUAGAUAUUUUAUGGAAAUGGAAAUUAUAUGAUUUUAAAAAAUGGUUUAAACUAUUUUGAGAAGGACAUUUCCUCCUAAUGUAUGUAGUUUUUAAAUAAUUGAAAUGUCUUUGUACUUUUUUCAGUUUUCAUCUAAAAAAUCUCUGUAAAUAUGUACUGUAAAUAUAUCGUUAAUGCGAAAGUGUUCUGGACCAUCAUUACAGAUGAGGAACAUACCAUUUCUGUGACGUAUUAGCUCAAUAUUGAUGAUAUUGGGCUUCCCUGCACAUGUUGAAAGAAAGUAAAUGUCAUGACAUGUAAGUGUUGACACUAAACAUCAUUCCAAUAAGUAUAAUGACAUUUUGAAAUAAAUUUGGGUUGUGAAAUGUUU